AUGAAUCUUGCAGCUGGUUGUCCUUGUGUUGCAGACUGUACCGUUGGCUCCGUGUUCGCCGGUAUAAUCGUUGGAAUACUCCUCACAUUGCUGAUUCUCCACGGAAAAUGGGAGCGGAUCAAAAUAUUCAUCCUUAAAAAAAUGCGAUCCUUUAAAAAGACUAGAGCUGUUUCAAAUCAAAGCUACGAAGCCGACUUUUAUAUUGAUCCGAACGCAGUGGAAUCAUUGCAAGAGGAUGAAAAUUACCAGAAUGUUGUCAUAUCCGAGGAUAAAAGUGGGGGGAUUGUGGACAGGCCGGUGAGCGACGAAAUCCCGGGCGGUGACGCUGUCUACGCAGUCAGUUUGAAGAAAGUUACCAAGAAACCGGGACUUCCCACGGAGAUGAUCCAGAAAAUCGCCAGUCUGCACGAAAAUUCGUCCAAAAUAGUGGCCAGAAGAUCGCAAGAGUUCGAAGACUUUGUAGACAUUGAAAAGAAAACUGAAGACCACGAGAUUUCCCGAUCAGCAACUCUACCAACUUCGAAAGACACAACGAAAGCCAAGGCAUCUGAUAAAGAAAAUGACCAGAAGAAGUCAAACAGCAAAAAGGGAUUGAAAAAGAAAACAAGCAAAAAUGCUAGCAUAUCGAGCAAAAAUAGUGACCCAGAUCAGUCACAACAACAAAGUGAUGCCAUUGAAGUGGUAUCAAGCAAUACGUCCUACGUAAUGACCGAGGCAUCAGCCAAUGGGGAGUACUUCGUGCUGGACAAAACUUUCUGUUAGAUACGAACGCCAUGAGAUUAAAUUCAAUUUGUUAUUGACAUGGAACAACACCGAAAUACCAUUGAUUUAAUGGAGACAUUUUGAGAGGCAAAAUAUGCAUGAAAAUAUAAGCCACAAUAUAUAAGAAGCAAAAGUUUUGAUUUUGAGAGGUAAAAUAUGCAUGAAAAUAUAAGCCACAAUAUAUAAGAGGCAAAAGUUUUGAUUUUGAGAGGCAAAAUAUGCAUGAAAAUAUAAGCCACGGAGAAAUAUUAUCAUUUAUAUAGCAAGAUAAUGGUUGCUUAUAUUUUUUUCUUUCUUGAAAAAAAACAACAACACUUAGCUUCUUGUAUAAUGAAACAAAGAAAACAGAGAGUGUUUGAAGAAGUUGGUCUCUUAUUUGGUGUCAGUGGUGUAUAAACAAGAGUGUAAAAGUUGUUCUGUAGUUUUAUGUUCAAUUUGACGAAAAUGUUGAAAAUAAUUUCCAUCGCACCAGUUAUUGGUCAGAGUGGAAGUUUCGAGCUUGUUGAUGAGUAAUAAGAGGAAAGUUGAAAAAAUGUGACGAGAUACGGAAGAUUUGUGUUAAGUUAUCGUGUAAUUGUGUACUGAAUAUAAUCUAAUACUACAUUUGACCCAGCUAUAAAAGCUAUCCACUGUAUAUAAUUAACUAAUGCUAAAAAUAUAAAUAAUCUGAAAUGGUUUUACAUUAAAUUAUUGUAUUUCAUUGUUAUUUCCUCCUUUUUAUGUUUUUUUUGAAUCAUGUAUGUGCAGUAUUGAUUUUUACUACUUUACUCUAGUCAGCUUAGUCAAUGUUGUCUUUCUUAUUAAAACAAAAAGUCACAGAGUACAUGCAUAAUUUGUUUAAUAAUCAUAUGUUAUCAAUAAAUCACAACAGAACACUGCAUGGGCGUUUGUUUGACCUUUUUAUGUCAGCGUGCAACAAAACUUAAUUUACAUGCAGAAUUAUUUUAAUUUGCUCUUAUCUCUACACGGAACUUUGACAUUUAUGCCUGGUAAUAACACAUGAAGUCUAAAAUUAUAAAUAGAACUUUUCACUAGAACUAAAAAAAAAAUCAUAUAAAUUCAGUUUUUUUAUUUGUUGGUUUAAACAAACCUUAAUAUAAUGUUUGUUUUGAUUUUGUUAAGAAGGGUUGAAAUUGAA